CCACCAUGCUGAAGUCAAACAAGACAAUAGUGAUAGUGGCCCUGGGAGUUCAGUCAGUUGUUUUCAUCUGCUUCCUCGCUCAGCUUCACAGCAGCUAUUCCCCCCAGGAAAAGAAGCCAGCUCAGGUGCACAUCCUCAUUCUCUCCUCCUGGCGGUCAGGAUCUUCCUUCACUGGCCAGCUCUUCAGCCAGCACCCUGAUGUCUUCUACCUGAUGGAGCCUGCCUGGCACGUGUGGACAGCCAUGUACCGGAACAGGGCCAAAGUCUUACAGAUGGCAGCACGUGACCUCAUCAGGUCUGUCUUUCUGUGUGACAUGUCUGUGUUUGAUGCCUACAUGUCUACCCAGAGGAAUAAAUCUGAUUUAUUUCAGUGGGAGGCCAGUCGGGCCCUGUGCUCCCCCCCUGCAUGUGACCACUUCCAGCGCAACCACAUCAUUUCCAAAACUGCCUGCAAGACCCUUUGUGGCAAGUACCCAUUCAGCAAGGUGGAGGAAGCUUGCAAGACCUAUAGCCACACAGUCAUCAAGGAGGUCCGGUUCUUUGAUCUGACAGUUCUCUAUCCCCUGCUCAUUGACCCCUCCCUGAAUCUCAAAAUCAUUCACUUGGUUCGUGACCCCAGGGCUGUGUUCCACUCUCGUGAGAAAACAUUGGCUGCUCUGAUGUACGACAGUAACAUUGUGGUGGGGCCCCAGAAUAACCAAGGGGAGAGGGGGCCCUACAAUGUGAUGCAGGAAAUCUGUAAAAGUCACAUCCGGAUUUACACUGAAGGCAGCCAGGCCCUUCCCAGCUUCCUCAAAGGCCGCUACAUGCUGGUGCGCUAUGAAGAUAUUGUCAAUGAUCCCCUGGCAAAGGCUGCACAGAUAUAUAAGUUUGCAGAGCUCCACUUCACACCCAAACUUCAGGUGUGGGUGUACAAUAUCACUCAUGGGAAAGGCCUGGGGACGCAGGCCUUUGACAUUGGCUCCAGAGAUGCAGUGAAUGUAUCCCAGGCCUGGAGGAAGAACCUGCCCUUCCAGAAAAUAGCAAAGUUGCAAAAUGUGUGCAAAGAUGCCAUGGACCUAUUGGGUUAUCGACUAGUGAUGUCUGAGGAAGAACAGAAGGAUAUGGCACUGAACCUGUUAUUUACCGAGAGCCUUCUACCCAGUGACACGGGGAACUGAAUGCAGAAAAUUUGCCUCCUGUUUGUCAGCUGAAGGCUGCAGAAUUUAGAACUGUGUGCACAAGUGAAAAUGUGUGUGUGUGCACGCACACGUGUACAGAGUGAUAAUAGCACCUGAAACAGAGCACAGUUGGAGGCAGUGAGAUCACUGCUAACUUUCUUCCCUGCCUAACUCUGCUCUGCAGUCUCCACACUAAAAGACCCAGCAGCAAAGCAAACCUUGCUUUUUCUGUUUAGGUGGGACAGUAAUAGGAGAAAACGCAAUUGAGAGGGAACAGCACAUCCAAGUAACAGGACCCAAAAGAGUCAGAAAUCUCCCAGAAGGCCAAUUUAAUUAAACACCAAUAAAACCACAAUUAGCAGGUGUUUUCCUGGAGACCAGAUGGCACAAUGAGUGUCAGAC